AUGAAGCAGAUCCUGAUCCAGCUGCUGAUCUUCCUGAUACACCUCGUCAGCUCCAUAUUCUGUGGCCACCUGGGCAAGGUGGAGCUGGCCUCUGUCACGCUGGCCAUCGCUGUUAUAAACGUUACUGCUAUCUCUGUAGGAUAUGGUUUGUCUUCAGCUUGUGACACCUUGAUAUCCCAGACCUACGGCAGCAAGAACCUGCUGCGUGUGGGGGUGAUCCUGCAGCGGGCCAUCCUCAUCCUCCUGCUCUGCUGCUUCCCCUGCUGCGCCGUCCUCAUCAACAUCGAGCAGUUCCUGCUCCUCAUCCACCAGGAUCCCGAGGUCUCCAGGCUGACCCAGCGCUACGUGAUGGCGUUUGUGCCUGCUCUGCCAGCAGUUUUUCUGUAUAACUUGGAGACAAGAUACCUGCAGAACCAGAUGAUCAUGUGGCCACUGGUGCUGAGCGGGGUCGUCGGCAACGUCGUCAAUGUCAUUGCAAACUGCAUCUUCCUCUACGUGCUCCACUUGGGCAUCACAGGCUCUGCCUGGGCCAACACUGUUGCUCAGUAUGCACAGACCAUUUUCUUGUUCCUGUAUAUUAUAGGCAAGAAGCUCCACGUGAAGACCUGGGGAGGCUGGUCCAGUGAGUGCCUGCUGGAAUGGGACAGCUUCAUCUCCCUGGCUAUCCCCAGCAUGCUCAUGAUGUGCAUUGAGUGGUGGACCUAUGAAAUUGGGAGCUUCUUGAUAGGCCUGCUGAGUGUUGUAGAGCUCUCUGCCCAGUCCAUCAUCUAUGAGAUCUCUGUUGUUGCUUUCAUGAUCCCCCUGGGGCUGGGCACAGCUGCCAGUGUGCGGGUGGGGAACGCGCUGGGCGCCGGCGACGUCGAGACGGCCAAGAGAUCAUCCUCCACCAGCCUGCUCUGCACAGGGUUUUUUUGCGUAGCUGUGGGGGCCAUUCUAGCUGCUUCAAAGGAUGUGCUGGGAUACAUCUUCACCAGUGACAAGGAGAUUGUUGACUUGGUGGCCUGGGUCAUACCCGUCUACGUUGUCUUCCACUUGUUUGAAGCCAUGUGUGGUGCCUGCAGCGGGGUGCUCAGGGGCAUUGGCAAGCAGAAAUUUGGUGCCAUCCUCAACGCCGUGAGCUACUACGGGGUGGGGCUGCCCCUGGCAGCUGUGCUGCUCUUCGUGGCCAAGAUCGGAGUCAUAGGCUUGUGGCUCAGCAUGCUCGUCUGUGUCUCCCUCCUCUGCACAUGCUUCAUCACCUACAUCUCCCGCAUGGACUGGAAGACGGCAGCUGAGGAGGCUCAGCGGCGUGCAGGAGUGUCCCCACCACCACCAGAGGAGCCAAACCCUGGCCAUGAGCCCUCCUGCAAGGGGCUGCCCUCGGGUGUGGGACCAGCCCCACCGCCCCACGAUCACCCCCCCAUCAUGGUGGCACGGGGGUGUGUAGCAGGAGUGGAUGCACAGAACGGAGUUGUCCUCACAGGCAUCACCAGGACGGAUGGACUGACGUACCAGUUGGAGCCUCCAGCAGCCCCAUCCCCUCCAGCCACCUCCCUGGCCACCAAGGAGCUGAUCCUGCGCCGGGGGCUGGUGGCAGCNNNNGCCGUGGCGCUGCUGGCGCUCGGCAUCCUCGUCAAGCUGAUGACCAGCAAACACUGA